UCUGUGAUCACUCCUGGUAAUGAAGCCACUGUUCAUCACAUCGAAGUGUUCGAAUGCUCUCCUCAGAUGGUCACCGUGUCUCAAUACAGUGGCUCUUGUGAUUCAAAGAUGAAGCCCCGCAAACUCAAUUACUGCCGACACGUUCUGGCAGCCUGGGCCAUGGGAGCGGAGCCGUUCUACUACCCUGCUGACGCAGGCUUGCCUCUGGGAGAAGGGUCUUCUAGGAUCCUUCUGCUUGAAGUUAAAUACUACAACCCUCUACUUAUAUCAAGAGGGAGGGACUCCCCAGGCAUUCGUUUGUGGUACACUCCAUCUCUGAGGAGGUUUGACGCAGGCAUCAUGGAGCUGGGGCUAGUCUACACUCCUGUCAUGGCCAUUCCUCCCCGCCAGCGCUCUUUCCAGCUGACUGGCUACUGCACCGCCAAAUGCACACAGACAGCUCUUCCUGUAGGUGGUAUACACAUCUUUGUGUCCCAGUUGCACACGAGGAGGCAGAGAGGACAGGAGGACAAACAUUUCAGCUCUCAAUACCAGUGGUAG